GUUGAAAUCCUCGCUGGUUGAAGAUCGCAGCAGCAGCCCGUCGACUGUCCGCAAUCUAGUGUUUGUGCCUUUCAAUCUCUGCCCGUUCUUUUUGUGAUCUAACGUCCGAAGCGCGAUGGAUUUCUACUACUUGCCCGGAUCCGCGCCGUGCCGCGCCGUCCAGAUGACGGCCGCCGCCGUCGGUGUGGAGCUGAACCUGAAGCUCACCAAUCUGAUGGCCGGCGAGCACAUGAAGCCGGAGUUCCUGAAGGUGAACCCACAGCAUUGCAUUCCGACGCUCGUCGAUAACGGAUUCGCGCUGUGGGAGUCGCGUGCGAUCUCCACCUAUCUGGCGGAGAAGUACGGCAAGACCGACGCGCUCUACCCGAAGGACCCGCAGAAGCGCGCCGUCGUCAACCAGCGGCUGUUCUUCGACAUGGGCACGCUGUACCAGCGCUUUGCCGACUACUACUACCCGCAGGUCUUUGCCAAGCAGCCGGCCAAUCCGGAGAACGAGAAGAAAAUGCAGGACGCGGUCGACUUCCUGAACAUCUUCCUCGAGGGGCAAAAGUACGUGGCCGGCGGUGACCACUACACCAUUGCCGAUCUGAGCAUCCUGGCCACCGUCUCGACCUACGAUGUGGCCGGCUUCGAUCUGGCCAAGUACCCGCACGUCAAGUCGUGGUACGAUAACAUCCGCAAGGAAGCACCCGGGGUCGACAUCAACGAGGCCGGGCUCGCCGAGUUCAAGAAGUACUUUGACAAGUGAACCGAAAACCGUAACCAUCCCUCGGUGCGACUCGGGGACACUACGCAUCAACGGCCUGGAGCCGCGACUGUCUUCUUUUUUUAGUUUGCAUUUGUGUGUGGCAAUGUAUUAAAUAAAAGCCUCUCCUUUUGUUUCG